GAAAUAUUACAUUUUCAGAGCUUUGAAUUCAAAGCUUUUAUAACUUCUUUCACAUUUCAUUUUUGUCCUUAACUGUAACACAUUUUUCAGUACUUACAAAAUUAGUAGUUUUAAUUUAGUCUUAUAAACAAGUUUCAAAAAGACCAAACGCAUAUAUAAAUACACAGAGAAGAAAACAUCACAAAACCUUUCUCUAGCGACUCAAAAGAAGAAAGAGAAAAAAAACAUAAACCAAUAAUUUCAUAUUUUGCAUCAAAAAUCUUGUUUUGUUCUUCAAAACAACCUUAAAUAUUGUCAUGGAAAACCAAAUUGAAGUAGAAAAUCAACAACAAAAACCUUUACAACCAUCUUCUCCUUCUCAUGAAUUCUCCUUCACAAUCUCUCAUAACACAUUCAACAAAUCAUUCCCAAAUUCCAACAAUAAAUCAAAACCAUCUUCACCAAAUUCCUUUACAGCUAUUGAUUUAUCACCAGCUGAUGAUAUUUUCUUCCAUGGCCAUUUACUUCCUCUCCAAAUCCUCUCAAACUUCCCUUCAUCGAUAUCGCCUCGCUCUUCGACGAAUUCCAUGGACAGUUUCACUCUCCCUAUUAGAGAAUUAUUCUCAGAAGAAGAUGAUGAUGAAAAUCUCCCCUCAAAAGAGAGUAGCAUCAAGAACAUGGAACCGUCUAAAAAGGUAGAGGGUAAGUUCAAGUUUGCAUUUUCAUUGUUUAGUUUAACAAAAGGGACAAAAGGGUGUCAUAAAGAGAAAGAAAAGAACAAAAAGAAGAUGAGAUUUGAUUUUCAUGUGAUUCAUCAUGCAAUGAAAAAGUACUUAAGAAUGGUGAAACCACUUUUCAAAAAAGAGAAAAUUAGAGUUCAUGAUAAAAAGUGUUAUUCUUCUUCCUAUUCAGGAAAUGUAACACCUAGAAAUAAACAAGAGAUGAUGAAAAGUUGGAAAUUAGGACAAUAUUCAUCAGCACCAACAUCAAUGAGAAGUUCUCCAUCAAACAGUGGUGUUUUGUUUCCAACUACACCUCUCACUGCUACUGCUAGUGAUAGUUCCAUGGAAGAAUUGCAAGCUGCUAUUCAAGCUGCAAUUGCUCAUUGCAAAAAUUCAUAUUCAAAAGAUGAGAAACUCAAUUGCUGAUUUCAUGAAUCUUAGAGAUAUUUUGUCACUAGAACUAUAACUUCCCUGUUAUAUUUUGAUUAUUAUGUACAUAAAUGAUGAGAUUCAAAAGAGCAUAUGAUAAUAUGAUUUUUUAUGAUUA